AUGGGUUUGAUUUGGAAAUCUGCAAUGCCUUUACUGACUACACUGGCUGCUUUGGUAAUCAUUGUACAUUGUGUUGAAGAGGAUUUAGAAACGGAGUAUCGACAUGAUCUAAGACCCAGAAUUUUGGAUAAAGGAACAUCUGAUUAUGAGCAGUCAUGGAGAGUAAAUGAAGAAGGACCAGUGGUACAAAAGUCGCGGCUUCAAGAUGAUUGGGAGAGCGGGUCACCCGACGCAUCUCCUAAGCGCCGAAGACCUGGCCGCAAACGCAAACGUCGUCCACAAACGGAACCCAAUGAAGAAAUCAUAGCUCAAGAGAGAUUUCCUUACCCCGACAUACCACCUCGUCCUUAUUACGAUGUUGAUUACGAAAAUAGCCGUCAAACAACAGAAAUGCCUAAAAGAAGACGCAAGAAACCUGCAGCAAGACCUAUUCGAUGGACAGAUGAUGAUGUUAUGAUUGUAGAGAGACCUAUGCGAAAAAAUGCAGGUCGGAGAAAAAAAAUACCUUCACUCGAAACGUGGCCUGAAUUAAGCGAGUUCAGAGAUACUGCAAAUUUAGCUCAAGAAAAAGUAGAAACAGAACCUGAAGAAAAUCCACAUGAAAUAAUUGCUGAAAAGGUUUUUGGAUACAAUCGUGAAAUAACUAAACAUAGAACAUCAGGUAUAGAAGAUCAUUAUGAGUCAAUGGCAGCAGAAAAUGUACAAGAUACUGAGGAAACUUCAAAGAUUCCCAUACCAGUCGACAAGUCGCUAUCUGAAUUUUCAAUGGAGUUAGUUUCGAAACCAAAAGAAGACAUAGAUCAUGAGUCUAGAAUCCAUAUACCACAAAAUGCUGAACAGGAAGUACUUGAAGUAACUAAAUCCAUGUAUCAUGGACUUGAAAACCGUGAACUUGAUGAACACAAAUCUGUACAUAAUAAUAGAUUAAGAAUGCCAAAACGCAAGAAGAAAAACCGUGGAGAAGAUAUUGAAAAGGAUAAAGCCAUAGAAAAAACGGACAUCAAUUUACUGAAGUUUCUCAUUUUGAAACGGGAGUCAAGUUUAGGGGAAGAGACAACAUCUGAAAACAAUAAGCACGUUAACAUCAGUACGACAUAUAUUCCCAAGUUUAAGACCAUGGAACAACUGAAAAGCGGACUAAAUGCCCGAUUUACCGGAAUCGAUGAUAUGAAUUAUCUGAGGUUUCUCGCUUCGAAGCAUGAGUCAAGUUUAGAGGAAGAGACCACAACUAAUACUUAUAAACAGCGGAACAUCAAUACGACAUAUAUUCCCAAGUUUCAGACAAUGGAACAACUGAAAAUCGGACUAAAAUCUCAGCUUAGCGGAAUCGAUGACAUAACUUAUAUCAAGUUACUUGAUUCGAAGCAUGAUUCAAAAUUAGUGGAAGAGACUACAACUAAAAAUUAUAGACACAAUAGCAUAAAUACUACAUACAUUCCCUAUUUAAGGACAACGGAACAACUAAAAAGCGGCUUCAAAGCCCGAUUGAACAAAAUGGACGAUACACGCAAAUUACGGCGUUGUCGCAAAAACAAAAAGAAUUUAGUCAAGUCUAAAUCGAAGACCAAAAUUUCAAACACUAAAUUAAAAAAAAAACAUGUAUUGAAUGAGCCUGCCUUAGAAGUUUGGAUGGAUGAAAUUUUUACGGACAUCUACCCAACGGAUCAAUUAUCUUUAAAAGACAUAUUAAAGAGGUCAAAUGGAACUAGUUUAAGUGAAAUUUUACAACAACAUAAUCUAUCAUUGGCGGAUUUACUUCGUGGAAAAGAGCAUGCAGUGUCAAUACUAAAACCUAAUAAUGUGUUGAGCAGCAAAUCAUCAGAGAAAAACAUCACAAAAGUAGAUAUCAACGAAAAUUCAGGAGAACCAACAUCAUUAAAUGGAAGUAAAAUAUUGGAAUCUCUGUAUGUCACAGAACCAACACCCGAACACUUUACCACAACAGAAGCUGUUCAGACAGAUGUUGAACCCGAAACUGUACCGACUACUACUGCAAAACCCUUACAAGAUAAAAUCCCUAAAAUGUCUACGAGUCGCCGAUAUCCCAUAACCAUUCGUAAAAAAUUGCGCAUAAGGCCCGUGAAUAACACCACAAAUAUAGUCAAAGGACAACUUAGCCGUGACCUCAUAACAUUGAACUCAAGAAAGUACUCUAAUUUUAGAAGAAAUGCAACAAAAUCAAGACAGUGGAAGGAUAUUAUAUCGACUAUGAUACGAAACAAUACUAACAAAGAAAAUAAUAAUACACUACUUGAAAAAACUACUACAGAAUCCGUAUCAGAAGAAACAACUAUAUCUAGUGAAAUCUCAAGUUUGAAUAGUUCAUAUGAAGACAUGCACUCACAAUCGAACGCAGAUAUUAAACUGGAUGAUAUCAGCAUGGACGUAACGGAACCUAUAACAACGGAAACUACUACAGAAAUGACUACAAACUAUACCGAAAAAACAUUAGGUAUUGUUUCUAUGCCAAGACCGACAGCAAUAUCUUCAGGUCUACGCAGACAAGCGCUCGAUAACAGACUUAAAAGAAAACGUCUCAAGAAUAAAACUUCUACGACUGAGCAACCACAGGACGAUAUCAUUAAACAUUUAUUCGGAAUGGGCACCUUAGUUUCCUCCUCAGAAUUUAUUGCAAGAACUCAAGGUACAAAAAUCACUGAAGCUACCGACAGCACAGAAUUAUUUACUUUAGAAGAUUUUAUAACCACCGAAAGAGCAAGUAGGAUUGACGGUAACAUAAAACUAACAAGUAUUAAAACUACUACACCGCAAUCUUUAAUAGAAACCACAACACCAGAGGCAGCGAAAGUUGAGAUUGAAGAAAUCUUUAGUGAUACUGAAACAAGAGCCAAACUGUCAAGAAUAUUAAAAGAAAGAAACAUGACCCUUAGCGAAUUAGUAGAAUUGAGAGAACGUGGAUCCAGCCAUAUACAUUUGGCUGAUAUAUUCCACAAUGCAUCGAGAGAACCCAAUCCAGCAGAGCCUUUCUUGUCUAAAUCUUUAUUAGAGCCAAUUUCAAAAGAGACUUAUCCAUUAAGGGCUAUUUUAGAGGCUAAUUUGCAUGAUGCAAAUGGUAGAGCUACGACAGUCGAUCCUAAUAUAAAUAUUCCAGUUGUGAUGGAUUUCAGAAACAAUGUUAAUGAGAAUGCUGAAAAUAUGGGCAUUAUGUCUCUAUUUAACAACUUCUCUAAUAACAUAACUCAAAGAAAUACUCCCACUCACCCUGAAAACAGAAAUCUCACGGUAAAAAAUGCAUCCAGUGUAUCAAAUACAAGCGAGAACGUUCGAGAAAGUCGAGUAUUAGAUGAGGUUCAGGAUGAUGUCGUUAGCUGGAAUGAAAUAUUUUCAAUUAUGGGUAGAAAUCAUAAUGAUGAAAUAGAAGAAAUGUCUACGGGCGAACCGUUUAAAAAAAUCACAAUAGAAGAUGUUGACGGUGACGGAUUAAUAGUGUUGGAGGACUUGGAACAUCUUACAGAUUUUGAUAACAAUAUUGCUUCUGCUUUUAAAGAUAAAUUAGACGCGCAAACAAACUCCGACGAAAAAGCUUCAGGCGUCCUGGAUAAAAUACCAAGUCACACGAAAUCGGUAACAGUCGCUACCGCAAGCAUUGCCGGUUUAGCUAUGGUACUCUUUUUAUUAACGUAUGCCGCGUAUAAAUGGAAACAUCAAAAACCUAUGAUACGGAAGCGUAGUUUUUGUGACGAUCGAAUACCUACACCUGUAUUUGAGCAUAGGAAAGGUCAUAAGAAUAACAGUAGUACUCGAAGCAUCAGUCCCAUGAUACAGACCUCAAAUAUUUACACAUUGAAUACAUUAGAUUCACAAAACGGUAAAGAAUCGCCAGAUUACAUGUGGGAUUCCUUAAGAAAACCCUUUCAAUGA